CUUAAACCUGAUGACAGAAAAUCUUAUAAUCAAGCAUUGAUUAAAACUUUGUGUGCUGAAGGUUUCUAUUUUCAGAUGAAAAAUCAUGGUUUUGAGGAGAGCAAUUUCAUCUAUAAUUUCCUUUUCAGUCUUAAGCCAAAUUUUCUACUGUAAAAACUUUCAGUGAGGAAUUGGCCACCAACACUAGCCAGAAACCUUCACAUAAUUAACUGUUCCUAGUAGGUAUCUGCUCCAAGAAAAUGAUGAUAUCCAAUAUGUCUUCAGAUCAUGGAAGACAUUAGUUACGGUAUCACUAAGAUGCUACCAUCUCCAGGGUACAGCUGCUUCAUUGCUGAAAGAAGGAAUUCUCUGGUGAAGAGACAAAAGAAGCAAGAGCAUAAAACAAUGUAGGAAUUUUUCAGGGGCUGGGAAAUUUUUUGCCUUCAGUGAGGGUGUUUUGGAUCAUACACUGUUUUCUCGGUGUGAUGAGAUGCUAAUGAAGUCCUGCUUUCCAAGAGGAGCUUCAGCACCAUCUUUAUUGACCACAUUUCUGAGCUUGCUGGUUAGCAGAACAAAUGCUUCUAACUGCAUCAUUUUUUGCUGCGGUGCAGUCACAAACAAUACGAAGGUCAGUCUCAUAUCAUUUAUUUAUAGUAGUGUCCACAGUAUGAUGGGCUUUUCUCACACGUUCAACGUUGGGUGAGUCAACCAAAGUUAUAAGAAGAGGACCGUCAGCAGGCAAUGUCUGCACAAACUGAAUCUAUUCAUGGGCAAAUAGAUUUUGAGAGUCAUAAAUAGGAAAGGGUGGGAGUAUCUGGAUGAAGUUGUGCCAAACAUAGGGAGUGCCAUGUGGGAAGAGGCAUGCGUUGAUUACAUGAAAGUUGAUGUGUGGGUAGAUGACAUCUAAUCAAUCCAUGGAGUGAUAAGUUGGGGUUCUCAGAAGUCAGUGCAGGGUUUUGCAGGAACCGUAAAAUCUUAAGCUUUCCUCAGAGUGAGAAGGACUGAAGGGCCACAGGACCCUGGUACACAUUGCUUUCUGAAUUACUUUUUCUGAUGAGAUGAAACUGGUUAAGAGCAUUUGUGGCAAUGUUCACUCUUGAAAAACAACCCUUUGGCACUUUGUGUGAGAGCAGAGACACUGUCCUCCCACCGCCCUACCAAAUUUCUGAUGUGCAGAGCAGUGCUUGCUCAGGUGGGAGGUGCUGCUCUGGGGGUUGAACUCAAUCUGCCAGGUCUGGAUAGCUGGGUGUCCCUCCUGAGGAGGUCACUGCUUUGAUGUGUGACUUUCAGUGAUCCGGGAACAUUUUCCUGCCUUUCUCCACUGUGAAAUCAAUAUACUUGCUACCUCCCUACGUACAGUAAUGAAUUGCUUGAAAAAGUGUUUGGGGACAUUUGGCAGCAAGAAUUCUCAUUUAGUUGGACCGAGCAUUCACUGUGCCCCAUCUAAAGGCAACACAUGGUAUUUCGGGGAAGUUGCUUAACAAUUUUUCCCUCCCUUCUCUGAGAUGGAGUGAAUAUGAUGUCUCUUUCAUUUUGCUCACGUGCUCACACACCCUGAUGCACUCAGUCCUGCUGUGUCUACUAGGUCACCCCCUCUCCCCCAGUACAGAUAUUUAGUGUACUUUGAAAUGGUUGAAGCUGACCUAUUGCUCCACCACCCUGGCUUUCAGGAAAUGGUUCUUCCAUGCUGGGUGAGCUGUUGGGAUGUUAUGAGAAGGGCAGAGUGCUCAUAUCCCCUCCCCACAGAUGGAGCUGCUGAAGGGAUUGCCAUGGCGCCGUGCUUUCCUGGCUGUCAUCCUGAACCUGCUGGCUCUCAGCCUCUCCACCACUGCCUUGCUUGGCAGCUACUGGUGCACUGGGACCCAGAAAGUGCCCAAGCCUUUGUGCGGGAAGAGCAAAGCCACUGAGUGCAUCGGUGUCCCCAUGCUGCCUGACGCCAGUGCUAGCAAUGUUUCAUCCCAGGAUGAGGUGCACUACAGCUGGGAGACAGGAGAUGACCGCUUUGCCUUCAGAUACUUCCACACAGGGAUGUGGCUUUCCUGUGAAGAGAGCAUGGAAGGGCCAGAAGAGAAAUGCCGUAGCUUUAUUGAGCUUUCACCACCAGCAGAGAGAGGAAUCCUGUGGCUGUCACUGGGAUCAGAGAUGCUGUACAUCAGCUUGCUGCUCAUCAGCUUCAUUCUCCUGAUGGUGGAAAUGCUGCAUAUUGGUAAUCCAGUCUGUGGGUUGAAGCUCAAUGCCUUUGCUGCUGUCUCCUCGGUGCUGUCAGGUCUCCUUGGGAUGGUGGCACACAUGAUGUACACUCAAGUCUUCCAGGCAACGGUUAAUAUGGGACCAGAGGACUGGAGACCGCACUCAUGGGACUAUGGCUGGGCAUUCUACAUGGCCUGGGCCUCCUUCACCUGCUGCAUGGCCUCUGCUGUCACCACUCUCAACACCUACACCAAGACGGUGCUGGAGUUCAAAAAGAACCACAUCAAGGGCUACAAAGGGAGCCUCAAGGAUCAGCCUCAGCACCACCGGUGCUUCAUACAGCAGCAAAUAAGCCACUACUAUGAGCCCCAAGACAAGCCCCUCCGUUCAGUCUCUGAGGGAGUCGACUUCUACUCUGAGAUGCAGCAGAAAGUGCUACAGCAGGAACCAGAGCUGGAGCUGGAUGAGGCCGUGGGACAGACGAUCAGGGAGGAUCACUGUUAGGGAUGAACACACCGGGGCACAGCAGUAGGGUUUGGGAGGCACAAGAGCUCUGAACCAAACACUAGCACCACUAUUAGCAAGUUCUGGUGGAGCUCUUCCUUCUUCUACAGUUUGGGGAGUGAGAAUAGUUGGACACGGGGCCUGGGCAACAGCAGUGCCAACAGCAGCUGGGUGGGUCCUCCCUGAUCACAGUUUGAUGGGUGUCCUCAGCUGGGAAGCGUGACAUUGGAGGGACAUGUUGCUGGUGCCAGAUGUCUCCAAGGUCUUUCAGACAGAGUUGAGGCAGAUGUCCUAAUCCCAACAGUAUUGCACCUGGGAAUAAAUAGUCAGUGCCAUCCAGCUGGAAAAUUACAGUGCUGGGCAUCUUUGGGUGGUGUCACAUUGACCUUCCAGCAACCCCCCCCGGUUCAGUGCAUGAGUGAAGGGCAUUGGUGCUUAUAUUGAUUGGCUGUAAUCCUCUCUGAACACCCUAUUUAUUCUUAAUUUCCAGGCCCAACCUCCUCCUCUCCUUGCCCCCAGAUUAAAAAUGCUGCUGGAGUAGGAAAGUGAGCUUGCUUUCAAACAUCUCUUUCCUCCUCUUUCCUAUCUGUGACUCCCCCCCAUCCUCCCUUCUUGCUUUUUUCCCCAAAAAUCCCCCAUUCUGAGGUACUUUCCUGCCUGUCUCUUUCUACUGUGCUUCUUGACAACCUUUAAGAAUCCUUGGCUGGGCUUUUGCUUUUUACUUUGUUUCUCUUUACCUGUCCCCUUCUCCCCAUUGUAAAAAUAUAGCAAACAAUCCCCAAAUCAAGCAAACUCACCUCUCACGGGUGAAACACUGGUUCACUUGACACAUGAUGCUGUAUACAGUAUUUAUUUGCUCCACUGCAGUUCACAGUUCAAAUACAUUUUCCCAACAAUAUA